CGCAAUCGUCCCGGGUUAAGGAGCGGUUCAGACAAGAACAGUUUUCACGAGUUUGUGAUACUUACAAAAUACAUCAAAUUAAUCGAGUUGAACAUAAACAGAAAGGAAAUGAGACAGCAAAUGUUACAUGUCUAGACGAGUUGAAGGUAUAAAAUCAGCUACAUCGUCAUCAUUUGUAGAAAUGCAGGUAUAAACCAUUUUAUACAACAACAACCAAUUAGUCAAGGCAUGAAUAUACCAUUUUCAGCGGUAAUUUAUCUUGGUGUAAUUACCGGGAUCUGUGAUAAUGUGAUGGCAUAUAGAGGCAAACAUAGAGGACCUCCAGGACCACCAGGACCUCCGGGACCACCGGGACUAACGGGACUAACGGGACCUAAAGGCAUGACCGGAGAUCCAGGACCAACGGGAACUAAAUGCAUGGACGGACUACCAGGAUUGCCAGGAGGUCAAGGAUAUCGAGGAUAUCGAGGACCUCAGGGACCACCUGGAAAAACGGGACGAACGGGACCUAAAGGAGAUCCAGGACCAACGGGAACUAAAUGCAUGGACGGAAAAUCAGGAAUGCAAGGACCUAAAGGACUUCCGGGACCACCGGGACAAACGGGACCUAAACAUUUAGAGAUAAAAGGACGACCGUUCAAAAGACUAGGAAUAGCAAAGACGGAAUAAGACAGGUCAACAACCCGGAAACAGCGAACUUGGGAGGCGGCAAACUUCAAUUGUUAAACUAUUUUUAUAAUUAUUAUUACCAUCGAUAAAACAUUCGUUUUUUCUUGAUAAUGUGGAAAUAAUUUCUAUUGAAAUAAAAAUAAAAUAUUUGAAGAUA